AUGUCACCCGAAAAUCAUUCAUACUUUGCCAUAUGGUGCUAUGUGUCAUAUGCCCUUGGUACAUUUGUUGUUGUUCUGCGACUCUACACGAGACUCUUUGUCGUCACCAGUCUAGGUGUCGACGACUACUUCGUUAUCGCCGCAACGAUAUGUUCAACCGGGAUCACUGCCUGCAUUCCGUUCAUGUUCAACCUUGGAAUCGGCAAGCACAUCAUUCAUCUGACUGUAUACGAGGUCAACCAUGGCAGAAAGUGGGCAUGGUAUACUCAGAUCAUCUAUUACUUAGCAUUGGGCACUUUCCCCGUCGGCUGCGACGAUCUCCUCUCUUUCAACUAUUUCAACGCCGCAUUUCAUAUAUUAGCCGACAUGGUCCUCGCGCUUUUGCCAAUUCCCGUGUUGAAGAAUCUUCAGAUUGAUCCGGCGCGGAGAAGAGGCCUCGUUGUCAUCUUCGGCGUAACCGCCCUUGCCGUUGCCGGCACUAUUGCUCGAUAG